CUCUCUCUCCUCCCGCCUCCGUGUCGUCAUGGUGACGCGCACUCAUACCUGAGCCGCAGAAGUGCGGACUGGAGCCGGUGACAGGGAUGCUGCUGAUGCUGAUGCUGAUGCUGAUGCUGCCAUGGCAACAGACCUUCACGCGCUCACACAUUGAUUUCUUGUUUAUUUAAUACCACGUUCGUCCUUCCCGUCACGCGAGAUCCGACGCUGCGAUCGCGUGAAGCUCAACAAGUGACAGUGAUGAAUGCGAAGGAGCGACGCGAGGCGCGCUGGAUAAACGCCUGAUAAUCGUGCGUUUAAAGGGGGCAGAAGAAUCACGCGCGUCUGACAGCAGCUCCGGUGCGUUUCUCAUCCGUUUCUCCUGUUGCUCAUCUGAUGAUGCGCCUUCACACGUCUGACUGACCGGUGUGUGUGUGUGUGUGUGUGAUUUGCAGAUGAAUGUCCUGUAUCUGUGUCGCUCCUUCACAUCGUUCUUAUAUAAGCGCGUCUGUUGAGCACGAGACAUCACCGUGACAACCAGAGGCGGGAAUCACGGAACCCGUGACCGUUCGGAGAUGCUGUCCGGUGUCGGAGCGGCUCGGAGCGCCUGGGCCUCAAGGACACGGAGAAAUGAGAAGAAAUGACGGACGGCGCGUGAAGACGAGCGCGUCAAGGACGAACGGGGCGUCAGCGACGCGCGCUAAUUCAAGGGCGUUCGAACGCGAUGAGGAGCCGUCGGAGGGCAGCGCGGCGGGGCGAGGCGUCCUCCGGAGGAAGCGUGAAGGAGAAUCCGUCCUUUUACCGGCGCUGAGGUCAAACUGACCGUGAGCUCGUUCUUCAGCGAAAUGACAGAUCAGAGACAGAACAGACCCGUGCUUAUCUGACAGAAGAGCAACAACAGGUCACUGUGUGUGUGUGUGUGUGUGUGUGUGUGCGCGCGCGCUCUUGCUGCUGGGGCUGGCAUGGAUGGUGGCACCGGGGCUUCCGCGGGCACGGACCCUCGCCCCGCCCGGAACGGGGACUCUAAGCGGCGCAGUAAGAGCAGCCUGCCGUCUCCCGGUUACCGUCUCUCCCAGGCGUCUCUGGAGGGCGACCGCGGGGAGCCUCUGCCCGGGCGCCGCCGCCUCUCCAUCAUGAGCUCCACGCGCGACAGCGGCCAGUUCCGCCCGGGCACCGCGGCCGGAACCCCGACCACCCCUCUGCCCCUGCCGCUGUCCCACGCCGGCUCCGCCCCGCCCACCGUACAGCGCUCCGUGGGCUUCGCCUCCCGAGCCGCUCUGGCAUCCACCUCCUCCUCCACCGGCACCGGGAUGGUCGUGGUGGCCGCCGGACCCGAGACCACCACCACCACGGCGGCUGGGACCCCUGAGGCCGGUCCGGGGCUGGACGGUGAGGAUUACAGCUACUCAAACCAGUCCACCUUCAUCCAGAGGCAGUUCGGAGCCAUGCUGCAGCCCGGCGUCAACAAGUUCUCGCUCCGCAUGUUGGGCAGCCACAAGGCCGUGGCUCUGGAGCAGGAGAGACUCAGAUCGGCCGGAGCCUGGAUCAUACACCCCUACAGCGACUUCAGGUUUUGCUGGGAUCUCCUCAUGCUGCUGCUGAUGGUGGGAAACCUCAUCAUCCUCCCGGUGGGAAUCACCUUCUUCAAGGACGAGAACACUCCUCCGUGGAUCAUCUUUAAUGUGGUGUCGGACACGCUCUUCCUGGUGGAUCUGGUGCUGAACUUCCGCACCGGGAUCGUGAAAGAGGACAGUACGGAGAUCCUGCUGGACCCCAAGGCCAUCCGCCAGCGCUACCUGAAGAGCUGGUUCCUCGUGGACUUCGUGUCCUCGAUCCCGGUGGAUUACAUCUUCCUGAUGGUGGACCUGGAAGCUCACCUGGACUCAGAGGUGUACCGGACGGCCCGAGCGCUGCGGAUUGUUCGAUUCACCAAGAUCCUGAGUCUGCUGCGCCUGCUGCGUCUGUCCCGACUCAUACGCUACAUCCACCAGUGGGAGGAGAUCUUCCACAUGACCUAUGACCUGGCCAGCGCGAUGGUGCGGAUCGUCAAUCUGAUCGGCAUGAUGCUGCUGCUGUGUCACUGGGACGGAUGUCUGCAGUUCCUGGUGCCGAUGCUGCAGGACUUCCCACCCGACUGCUGGGUCUCCAAAAACAACAUGGUGAACGACACGUGGGGCAUCCAAUACACGUAUGCACUGUUUAAGGCCAUGAGUCACAUGCUGUGCAUCGGUUACGGCGCUCAGGCUCCAGAGGGAAUGACGGAUGUCUGGCUCACGAUGCUCAGCAUGAUCGUGGGCGCGACCUGCUACGCCAUGUUCAUCGGCCACGCCACGGCCCUCAUCCAGUCCCUGGACUCCUCACGCCGACAGUACCAGGAGAAGUAUAAGCAGGUGGAGCAGUACAUGUCGUUCCAUAAGCUUCCAGCAGAUGUCAGGCAGAAAAUCCACGAGUAUUAUGAACACCGAUACCAGGGCAAGAUGUUUGACGAGGAUAACAUUCUGGGAGAGCUGAGCGAGCCCUUAAAGGAGGAAAUUGUUAGCUUCAACUGCCGAUGCUUGGUGGCUAACAUGCCUCUCUUCGCUAACGCCGACCCAAACUUCGUAACAGCAGUGCUAACGAAGCUGAAGUUUGAGGUGUUCCAGCCCAAUGACUUCAUCAUUCGCGAGGGAACCGUUGGCCGUAAGAUGUAUUUCAUCCAGCACGGACGGGUCAGUGUACUUACUCGUGGAAGCAAGGAGACCAAGCUCAGCGAUGGGUCAUACUUUGGAGAGAUCUGUCUGUUGACUCGUGGCAGGAGGACAGCUAGUGUCCGAGCAGAUACAUACUGUAGACUUUACUCCCUCAGUGUGGACAGUUUCAAUGAGGUUCUGGAAGAGCAUCCCAUGAUGAGACGGGCCUUCGAGACGGUGGCGGUGGACAGACUUGAUCGCAUCGGUAAGAAGAACUCGAUUUUGUUGCGCAAGACCUCACAGGGAGGAUCUGUAGCGGGCAGCAGUUUGGGACGGGGUGGAGGGAGCCGCGGAGGAGGAGCAGGAGGCACCGGCCUGGGUUCUUGCGACAGUGUUCUGGUCCAGCAGAUCGUGAAGCACGAUAGCAUGCCUGCCAUGCAGGACAUCACCGCUGGCACCCGAGGCAGCACGGGAGGCACAGUCUCACCCCGACCUCAUCCGGUGAUCUGGGCACCGCUGAUCCAUGCUCCCCUCCAGACAGCCGCUGCUACCACCAACGUGGCCAUUGCCUUGAUGCAUCAGCAACAGCAGCAGCAACAGUUGCAGCAGCAGCUACAACAGCAACACGCCCUUGGAGCUGCCAUCUUCCUUCCCUCCGCUCUUCCCAUCUCACCAUCACCUUCAUCCUGCCCGCUUUCUCCUCCCCGUCCACCCUUACUACACCCUCGGCAGUCGCUCAGCUCUCUCAUCAGCGUAAUGGGCGGGAUGCCCCCCCGAGGAGUCCCGUCCUCUGUAACUCCUACACCCUCGCCCUCCACUAUUGGACCGACUGCUGUGGGCGUGGCUCCUCCAGCGGGUGGAGUUGCAAAAACUCCUCCUAUGCCUGCGUUGUCAGUGCCCGCUCCCCUGCAGGUUGGAAGAACACUUCAUUACAGUCUCCGCCUCCACACAGAACCCACAACAUCACCUGUCCAUAAAGUCCCGCCUCCCACCUCAGCAGUUGCCCCACUCUCCGUUGAAGGGCGCAAUGUUGGCUCCGCUCCGCAGGGGGCCAAAGAGGCUUUGCUGCGUCAUGUUGGAGGAGGCAGCACCCAGGGCCUCCCCAUGAUUGGUCGGCUUACCCAGGAGGCCAGACUGCUCUCCGCCUCCCAGCCGACUCUCCCCCACCGCAGCUGGGCGAGCGUGCAACCUCACCCACCUCUCCAUCGCAAAGCAUCCGGAGGAAACCUGCUUCCGGCACCCUUCCUUUUGUCAUCAGGACUUGCUAGAGGAAGAAGUGCAGGUGUUUUGAGCUCAAACUCGCCUGGUGCCACACAGGCACUGACAAACACACCCCUGCUGUUGGCACACACACCUCCACUCAUGUCAGCUCCAGGAUCAGCUCCGUCACCCCAUGCCCCCUUUUCGUCCUCCCCGAAGCAAACCCCUCUUUUUUCCACCAACCCUCCUUUAUCCCUCGCGGCCACAUCUUCUGGUCUAGGGGUUCCUCAAAGCCAGCGAGUCAAAGCAGGCACUGCAAUACCUACUCCUUCAACCUCUCCUCCUCCUUGCCUACACCCUCCUUCUCCAUCUCAGUCCACCUCCACCUCUCCAACUUCAUCUUCCGGCACCUCUUUGGCUCAGAAUUCCCGUACCAAACCCUCUCAGACGCCUCCUCCACCGUCCCCAUUAUCCUGCACCACCAACUCAACGCCCAACAUUACUCCAUCUCAAACCCCCACCCCGACCCGAACCCCAACCCCUGUUCAAACCCCUAUUCAGACCCCCACCCAAUCUAGAACACCAGUGGGCAUCCAAACCCAAUCCCAGGGUCGGUGUCCAACUCCUGCCCAGAUCCCAGCAGCUGCACAAGCUCCGACCUCAACCUCCAUUCAGAGUCCGCUUCCCACUCAGAUUCCAAGUAAACCUAUGAGUUCCACCAUGGGUCAGAGUGCUGCUGUCCAGAUGCCAGCCGCUGUCCAUGUUCUUGGUCCUCCUUCGACUUGUUCUGCAGUCUCCAGUCAAACCCAAACCUCAACUACCAUACAGACUCCAAAUCCUUCCUGGACCCCAGGCUCUCCCAUCAAUACCCCAGCCCAAAGUGGACCAUCAACCCCUGUUCUGAACCAAUCGCAGACACAAGCCACACCUGCUAAAGCUACCGCUGCUGCAUCAUCACCUUCUCCUUCAUCAACUCCAUCUCCCACUGCUUCACAGCCACAGAAGCCCGCUGCUAGCCAGACUCAGACCUUAAACGUUCUGCCCACUCCAACCUUAAGUCCAUCUCCCAUUCCUGCUUCCACUGCCUCCUCAUCUACAGUCCUCCAGUCCAUCUCCACUUCAACAAAAGAGGCAAAGAAAGAGCAGGACUUGCCUCAGACGCAGAGAGAUUCAGAGACAAAGACACAAAAAUAUCCUGCUAGUAUGUGAGGAGGGAGGUGUGCGCUGGACAGAGGCUCGUGUUUUGUCCGAGAAGCAGAAGUGGAAACGCGCGUUCAACAUGAAAACGGAAGGAGCGCGUUAAAUGUGAUCAGCAGCCGCGGUCGGUCCGCGCGGCACUCGUGCAGAGCCCCCCCCAGCGGCCCUCCGCCGCCCGCAGAGCCAAUCACCCGCGGCCGCUGGAAGGAGGACAAGCCGCUUCCUGGUUGCGGGUUUAAGGAGGAGCCGCCGGAGUCCGUCAGGAGCGGGUCAGAACCGGCGGAAGACACCGGAUAGAGAGCAGGCGCUGCCGGGGAGCGGACGCGUCACAUCGAGGAAGUGCGGUCAGGUGGGACACGGCGGGGGACUCAGGUGACACCGGCUCAGGUAAAGCGCUUCUCUUCCGUGCAGCGCGAAGCAGGGUCGCGCGGCUGUUUCAUUUCUUCCGUUUCACCGACAUUCGCUCUGCUUUAGUUCGUUCAUUCGUUCCAUCUCUACGCCGGGGUCACGAGAGGACGCACACGUCACGGGCGCUCGGUAACUCCCGUGUGACGUGUCGAACACAUCCUGCUCCCGGGACGCUUCAUUCAUCCGCUCGGUGUUUACCUGUGCGUGCGUCUGACAGGUGAGUGCCGCGCGCUGGAAUGAUAACCCGAGGUUUGGUCUUUCUUGGUUUUAAUGCUGAAGCGCGCUGAGAUGCACUGUUUGAGGCGGACUCGUCCUCGCGGAGGGACCGGCUGAACCCGCUGAACCGGAUCCGCUCGCGAGCUGAAGUGCGUUUAACUGUAAAACACCUGAAGCUGCUGCUGUUCGUGUGUUUGAAUGUCCAGCUGCUGUGCUGCUUCUUUUGUUUGUUUUUAUUAGUCCUGUAGUUCAAUUAGACUCUCACCUGCUGUCAGUCAUAAUUAAUCC